GCGUAGUUUAGGCUGCAUACGAAUCGUCGUUAUUCGUUCAGAUUUGAUAUAGAAAGCCUUGCCUUUUGCAGGGAAAUCCAAAUAACACAAACGAGAUGAAAAGAACAGCCUGCUCUGGAUUUAAAUAGUAAAAGUAUGUUUUUUCUUUGUGAUCACGACCAAAGGCGGCUCUGUGGUAUUUAAAGAAAAUCGUCUUCGGUGAGAGGAUUUCGUGUGUUUCUUUUCUCUUUUUUUAUUAUAAAUAACAAAAAGAAAAGAUAGACAUUUUAAAACUGGAAUUCGUAUAUUUGUGUGCGGGAGAGUGAGAAAGGGGUUAAAGAUCGAGUGCUGGGAGAGUAUUUCAGAAUGGAAGAAAAUGAUCAUAGCAACAGAGAUGCAGAGCGCCAGGAUUCCGGCGAUGAAUCCAACAGAGCCAUUCUUCCACUAUUACAAGCACCGGCUAACCUUCUCCCACACCGAAUUACCAACUUUUUCAUCGACAAUAUUCUACGACCUGACUUUGGACGCAGAAAAGAGGGGACCUUGAACCGCGAAACAGGUAUUCGAAGAGGACGGGAGGACCACUCUUCGGGUUUAAGACUGGGUCAGGUGGAGGGGACUGUAGCAGAAGAAGGAACUUCGAACCCUAGUUCCAUUAAUGGAGCGAAGAAAUCAAGCAUUGCUGAGGAAGCGCCUCUGAAGCCCCGUGAAGAGAGUGGGGAUCAGUGCCUAAGCUCGGACUCGGAUAGUUCGCAAACCAACAGUUCCCCCUCCUCACAGCCUAUGCUCUGGCCAGCCUGGGUGUAUUGUACCAGAUAUUCGGAUCGGCCAUCAUCAGGACCAAGAUCUCGCAAACCAAAGAAAAAAACUCCAAGCAAGGAAGACAAGCGUCCUAGAACUGCCUUUACAGCCGAGCAACUUCAGAGACUGAAGGCAGAGUUUCAGAAUAACCGGUAUCUUACAGAGCAACGACGGCAGACUCUGGCGCAAGAACUUGGUCUUAACGAGUCUCAGAUCAAAAUAUGGUUUCAAAACAAGAGGGCCAAGAUCAAGAAAGCCACCGGGGGCAAGAAUUCACUAGCAAUCCAACUGAUGGCACAGGGACUCUACAAUCAUGCCUCAAGUUCAAAAGAAGACAAAUCAGACAGUGAUUAAUGCCAGACAAAAAAAAUAUGAUCAAAUGCAAUAAUUUAAAGGGCCAGUGUACAAAAAUACCAGCGUUUAUGCAUUUGAGAUAUGUAUGGAAUACCUAUAAUUCUGCAAUAUUAUGUGUAUAUAGCUUAUA